GGAAGCGCGGCCCUCUGCCCGGUCGCUCCCGCUGCAGCUGCUCGCCGGCGCGCUGUGCCCUGACAGCUGGGCCUCGGCCGCUCUCGUCUCGGCCGCCUCCCGGGCCGCCGCUGGUGACCACUCGCCGCGCCGCCGGAGGCUUCACCCGCGCCCUCCCCCAGGACGCACCCGCGGAGCUCGGGCCCCUUCGCCCCGGACCCGGAGGCCGCGCUGUGCGGGGCGGCGGCGAGGCCGGAAGAUGGCCUGGGUGCUCAAGAUGGACGAGGUGAUUGAGUCUGGGCUGGUGCACGACUUCGACUCCAGCCUCUCGGGCAUCGGGCAGGAACUGGGCGCCGGCGCUUACAGCAUGAGUGAUGUGUUGGCAUUGCCCAUUUUCAAGCAGGAAGAUUCCAGCCUUUCCUUGGAUGGUGAGGCUAAACACCCCCCCUUUCAGUAUGUGAUGUGUGCUGCCACUUCACCAGCAGUGAAACUACACGAUGAGACUCUUACUUACUUAAACCAAGGUCAGUCUUAUGAAAUUCGGAUGCUGGAUAAUCGAAAAAUGGGAGAUAUGCCUGAGAUCAGUGGAAAGUUGGUAAAGAGCAUCAUAAGGGUUGUGUUCCACGACAGACGGCUACAGUAUACAGAGCAUCAGCAGCUUGAAGGUUGGAAGUGGAAUCGCCCAGGAGACAGACUUCUCGAUUUAGAUAUUCCAAUGUCUGUGGGGAUAAUUGACACAAGGACAAAUCCAAGCCAGUUAAAUGCAGUUGAAUUUCUGUGGGACCCUGCAAAACGCACAUCUGCCUUCAUUCAGGUACAUUGCAUCAGCACAGAAUUCACCCCACGAAAACAUGGAGGUGAAAAGGGAGUGCCUUUUAGGAUCCAGGUUGACACUUUUAAGCAGAAUGAAAAUGGGGAAUACACAGAUCAUCUUCAUUCAGCUAGCUGCCAAAUCAAAGUUUUUAAGCCUAAAGGUGCAGAUCGGAAACAAAAAACUGACCGAGAAAAGAUGGAGAAGAGAACAGCUCAUGAAAAAGAAAAGUACCAGCCAUCAUACGAUACCACCAUCCUCACAGAGAUGAGGCUUGAGCCUAUAAUUGAAGAUGCAGUUGAACAUGAGCAGAAAAAGUCCAGCAAGCGGACUUUGCCAGCAGACUACGGUGAUUCUCUGGCAAAGCGAGGCAGUUGUUCUCCGUGGCCUGAUACUCCCACAGCUUAUGUGAAUAACAGCCCUUCCCCAGCGCCCACUUUCACCUCCUCACAGCAGAGCACAUGCAGUGUCCCAGACAGUAAUUCUUCAUCCCCAAAUCAUCAGGGAGAUGGAGUUGCACAAGCAUCUGGGGAACAAAUUCAUCCUUCAGCUACAACCCAGGAAACACAGCAAUGGCUGCUCAAAAACAGGUUCUCUUCCUAUACAAGACUAUUUUCUAAUUUUUCAGGUGCCGACUUAUUAAAGCUGACAAAGGAGGAUUUAGUUCAGAUUUGUGGUGCAGCCGAUGGAAUUCGGCUCUAUAAUUCACUGAAGUCAAGGUCGGUUAGGCCCCGCUUAACCAUCUAUGUCUGCCAGGAGCAGCCAAGCAGCACCGUGCUGCAAGGGCAGCCACAAGCUGCAGGCAGUGGAGGCGAGAGUGGCAGUGGGACACCCUACGUUUAUCAUGCAAUCUACUUGGAAGAAAUGGUUGCCUCAGAAGUUGCUCGGAAACUUGCGUCUGUGUUUAAUAUUCCUUUCCAUCAAAUUAACCAGGUUUACAGACAGGGCCCCACUGGUAUUCACAUUCUUGUUAGUGACCAGAUGGUUCAGAACUUUCAAGAUGAGAGUUGUUUUUUAUUCUCCACAGUAAAAGCUGAAAAUAACGAUGGUAUCCACAUAAUUUUGAAGUGAUACCUUAUAUAUUAACUGAACUCUAUUCAGUACCAAAUAAAGUCACGCUUAAAAGUGUGUGAAGACUGAAUCCAAGAAGUCUUGGGAUUGGAUUUUACUGUAUGAAAUGUUUCAUAUUGAAAACACAAAUGACCUUCCUAAUGAGCUGUAGGAGAGACAAGCCUCCUCAUUGUCACUGCCACAGCCCAGCAUCCUCGAGGGAGUGAGCACGUCGGGCAGCGUGCAUCCGGCUCUGGAGCCGUGGUGCGGGCACGACUGCCACCUUCUCAGCAGAGGCCAGUGGACACAGAAUCAGUCUCUGCUGGCUUUUUACACUGUAUGCGGUUUGAAAUGAAUGUAAAAACCUCAACCGUGGGCAUUUACCUUUCUGUGCCAGUUUGGCUUUUACUGCCUGACCCUUAUGCUGACCUGGGGAGGAGAUGGGGCGUGUUCUCCAUGGGGAGCUGAGCUGUGUUGACAUGGCAGUAUCGGUCAGGUAAGAGGCUGAGCACCUUCUUGGAGGCAGUCAGGUCUGAGGGUAUACAUCCAAGAGAUCCUGCCAGACCAGGAAGAGCCAAGCUGAGAAGAUGAGCUUGAGACAAACUGCAUUAUCAGGAGUACCUUGGCGAGAGGGUCAGUGUAAAUCCUAAUAGGUACAAAGACUUCGGUGUUUUUGCCUUGUCACUGAUUAUUGAAAACCUGUUUUGCUUCUGCUUCCAUUUUUAGCAUUUUAGUUUCUGGUUUCCACUGUUUGAAACCUCCUUGCCUUUUAAACUCACGUGCUUUUCUCAUUUCCUCCUGGUCUACAUCUCUGUCCCCCAUACCUUCCUUGGCUCCAGGGAUCCACCUCAGCCUCCCAAGUAGCCAGGACUCCAGGUGUACACUUCUGUGCCUGGCUUUGUUCUAGAACACGUUUAAAGCCCUUCCCUAGACAUUAGAAAUAGGUGAUGUAACUAGGGGAAACAGAGUAUUAUUGUUGAUAGCUUCUGACUUGGUGUAAAAGGGAUCUUUGUUAUGAAUGAGGUGAAAUUACUCGUGGAAACACUAGAUGUCAUAAUGAGACACUAAAAUGUACCAUAAAAUCCCCCACCCCCCCUCAGAUAUUGAGCUUCAGUACAAUCAUGGAUAUACAUUCUGGUGGUUAUUUAGGGGCUUUAAAAAAUACGCUGCAGCAUCUCUUCCUUUUCUGUAACAAGUGUGGCUCUUUCAUGCAAUCAAAUGUGUGCUUGCACACUGCUUCCAAGGGGAAUCUGCUUCUUCUUGCCUCCCACACCUCACCUCCUCCAUCACCCACAACCUUUGCAGAAUUCAUCAACAUUUUUUUGAGGCCUGUGAUGUACCAGAUUGAGUUUUUUAAAACUUCUUUUCCGUCUUAAUUAUAGUACCCCUAACCCAUUCACUCAGCUGUGUUGGCUUUGAAUGUACUGUUUCAUCCUUGUCUUUGUUCAAAUGAAAUGGGAAUGAUUAAUUUUUUAAGUGGGAAAUCUCUUCCAGAAGACAAACUACGUCAGUGGGUAAAGGCUUGACAUUUUAUGUUUUAUUCAUAAAGGGGGUUAUGUAUUUUCCCAAAGAACAACUGUCUCAACAUGUUCAUCUUUGAUUUGGAAAUAACAGGUCCUUUAGGAGAGCCUCCCUGUCUGUUUUCGCUUUUGUGUAACCACAUGUUUUCUGUACCAGUCACUUACUUGGGAAAGAAGUGAGCUUAUCUUUUGUUUUUAGAGUUGUGCUUGUCCAUUUAGCAUUCUUUUUUGGAUCUCAUGAUUUAUGGAACAAUAAAUGUCAUUUAAUGCUGCGUGCUAUUCUGAAUUCCUUAUCAGGUUUUAAAAGUGGGGUGGAAAUACUUAGAAGCUCAUCAGACUUGAAAUUAGGCUGAGCAGCAUUGGGCAUUAGUCUGUCCCAGUGAAUUCAGUUAAAUAAAUUAUGGCACCAGCAAAUUUGCUACUUUGGUUUAACAGGAUGUAUACAUUUCAGUGUAAUAAAUGUUUUAUGAUUCUUUUGUAAA